AUGACCACAACUGUAAACAGCGCACCACUUAGAGUUAUCAUCAUCGGUGGUGGACUAAGUGGCUUAACAUUAGGACAACUUCUUGCAGAUGUGCCGAGUAUCAAAGUCACGCUCUAUGAGCGUAGCAGAGGUCCAACCGACAGGCUCUCUGGAUAUCGUGUUAUGUUAUCUUCAUUUGUUCUCCGAAAUCUUAAGGGAAAACUGCAGCAUGAUGUGUGGCAGGAGAUUGCGCCUAGUAUUGGUAUUCAGCCUGGUGGGGGCCAGGAGAUGAACUUUGUGAAAAGCAAUGGCGAUCCGAUAUUCACGUGGCUGCCAGAGGAAAUACAAGAUCAGUUUUCUGUAUCGCGCUGGCGCCUUCGGGAAGGACUAUUGCAUUGGAGCGAAUCUUUCGCGCGUUUCGGGAAGAAGUUCGACAGAUAUGAGAAAUUACCAAAUGGAGUAGUAAGAGUACAUUUCACAGAUGGAUCGAUAGACGAAUGCGAUUUAUUAGUUGGCGCAGAUGGUAUCAAUUCUCAAGUCAGAAAGCAAAUGUUUCCGCUCUCUAAAAUACGACCCACGGACGUCACAGUCAUAUAUUUCAAAAUCCCAUUGACAAGGGAAACAUUCAAAUUAGCAGGCUCGCAUAGUGGUGUCAUGGCCUUUUGUCCUGGAAAUCAGAAUAUAUUGGUGCAUUCUUGGCAGAACCCAUUGAAGCCUUGGGCGACAGAAUAUACAGCGGAUGAGAUCGAGCCUUCUGAAUCAUUUAUCAUGUAUGGUUAUGGCAGCCCAGCGAGUGCCUUCAUCAACCAGUCAAAACCGCCUGAGGAAUUUACUCCCGUGGAACUGAAGACUGAGAUCAUUGCUCGUUCAAAAACUGAUCGAAACGUACACCCCAACUUUUUACAAUUGGCUGAGAUGUGCUUGACAAGCACGGCGUAUCUGCACAUGGUGAAGAAGUGUGAUUCGGUAAAGCCAUGGGACUCAACUAGUGUAACGUUAAUCGGGGAUGCAGUCUUUAACAUUAUGACUACCUUAGGGAAGGGCGCCAAUUGUGCUCUUCUUGACGCUGUCUCUCUCGCAGAAACAAUUUCACCUCUGGUAUCUCCACCGUCAACAUCACAAGACGAAAAUAUUCAGCUCACCUCAGAGAGUGUUCAUGGACCUAAGCGCAAGCUAGCCAGCACAAUGGAGCUUAGGCCAGCGCUCCGAGCGUUUGCAGUGGAGAAUGUCAAACGUCGUCACCGGGAACGACAAAGAAGUGCAUUCCUUCAGAAUCUUGUAUAUUUCGGAGAUAACAAGUUCAAAGAAUACUGCAGAGAAAGAGUACUAAAGAAUGCUUUGGGGUGGGUAGAAGGAACAAAAGGUAGAAAGAAGGAACUUUAUGGCGCGAGAGGUGAGACGAGAGACGUCGGUGGAUUAUUAUCGCCCAAUGAAAUACCGCAUCAUAUUAGUGAUGGAAAGCUUGACCGUGCAGACGAGGAAUCAAUUAUAGAAAGGCAAAGCUUUCUAGAAAGAGGUUGGGGACUUGUAAGAGCCGAUGAAUUGGAUUCGGAAUGUGUGAGCGUCGCGUCAGCGUCAACGCGUGAGUCGAGGAGCACCAAGGCCUCUUCAUCGGCAGUGAAUUCGAGUGAGUGUUUGACGGGGAAUAACGCCUAG